AUGAUCAACAACAUCAUCACCACCUUCGCGGGCCUCUCGGCUGUUGCUCAAGCAGCAACCGCUGGUCAUCGUGCUGGACCCAAAUGCACCGACUUUCUUAUCCCAGUGCAUGCUUCCAGCUCUAAGAUGGUUCCGGCAGGAAACAUCCCUGAUGGUAUGGCAAAACCUGAGGUACUGGUUGACUACCUGCUUAGCCAGGCAACAUCCAGUCUCAUUGCUGGUCCCCUUGGUGCUAUCGGCAGUGUUGAGCAGUCUGGCGACUUCGAAAUGUCCGCGAGAUACUGUGAGCCAGCUGUACACGUUGCUUCCCGCGCCCACACAAUCCAGUAUCUUCAACACGCCAUCACAAGCGGYAAGGACUACUGGAAUGGAGUGACAUACCCUGUGGGUUUCGCCGGGGACAUGUACAGCUAUUCCAAGGCAGCUUCCGAUAACGGCUACGCUACGAUUGCUCUCGACAACCUCGGAAGCGGCAACAGCUCCCACCCAGACCCCGUCGCUGUUGUGCAAAUGGCACUCCAAGCUCAAAUCGCCCACGAGAUCAUCACCAUGCUUCGCGAGGGUAAGGUUCAGGGUCCCGUUGCAGGCAAGACCUUCAACAAAGUCAUCUACGUCGGCCACAGCUACGGUAGCAUCAUGGGCAAUGCCAUUGCCGCCACUUUCCCCGACGACGUCAACGCGUUCGUCCUCACGGGAUACACCGGCGAGUUCGUAGCAGGUGCCCCUCCUCUUUUGUCCGGAGUUGCCGUCCCCGCUGCAUUGGCCAUGCCCAAAUUCGCAGAUCUCCCUGUUGGUUACCUCGCUCAGACCUACGAACCAGGCCGUCUCUACGCCUUCUACACGGUCGACAAUGUUGGUGGCUUUGACCCAGCGAUGCCCCAGUACGAUUUCGACAACCAGGGAACCGUUGCCCUUGGUGAACUCGCUACGCUCUUCUAUGGUCUUACACCUGCCAAGGAAUUCACCGGCUCUGUUUUCGUUGUCACCGGUCACCAGGAUGCGAUUGUGUGCAACAAUCUCGGAGGCGCAGACUGUUACAAACCAGCGAACAAGUUGGAUGCGGCUAAGGGGUUCUGGCCCGCUGCAAAGGACUAUAGCUACAUCAUUCCAGAGAAGACUGGACAUGCCGCCAACUUGCACUACUCCAGCCCGGAGUCGUUCAAGAAGGUUCAUGCGUACCUCGCAUCGCAAGGUCUCUAA